AUGGCCGAACUAGCGGCGCUUGGUGUCGCAGCCAACAUUGUCCAAUUUCUCGAGCUUGGGCUCAAAGUUUCGAUCACCAUCGUGAAAACGUAUCGCAGCAUCACAGAUAAUGGCUUGCUUCCACGGAAUGUUGAGAUGGAAGUCAUGGCCAAAGACCUACGACAGCGCUGCAAUCGUCUACAAGCUGAUACUAGCAUCAAAGCGGACGCCGGCAUGACACGCCUUAUCGAGCGAUGUAUCAAAACAUCAACAGAACUUGUGAGCGAGACGGAGAGUCUUGCGGUCAACGUCAAAAGCAGAUACCCAAGAUGGGUGAAAAUUAAGGUCUCACUCAGAGCCUAUCACAAGAACGGAAGGAUCACCAAGAUUCAUGAAAGUUUGAAGGAGAUCAAGACUGAAAUCUUCCAGACACUUCUAGUUCUUCUCUACGAGCACCGCAACACGUUACUAGACACAGUUCGUUCAUAUGGCGAUGCUUCAACGGCCUGGAAUCAGGGCACGGAUGCCACGCUCGAUCAAAUGUCCAAAGACAUUAGCAGACUUGCUGAGUCGACAAAUAAUGCUUCUUCGGCGAAAGAUCUAGCGAAUUUCGCCACGACACUGGCCAAGUUCGUAGAAGAAGCGAGCAAUCAGGGAACUACUCGAGAAAUCCUGAGGAGUCUCCGAUUUGCACAAAUAGCUGAGCGGCAAACCGAAAUACCCAGCGCGCAUCAAGAAACCUACGAAUGGAUUUUCAAGGAAAGCCCCGAUGUCAAUUUCUCGUCCUGGCUUCAAGGCUCACGAGGCAUUUUCUGGAUCACCGGAAAACCUGGAUCUGGAAAAUCCACAUUGAUGAAGUUCAUUUCUGGGCACGAGAUCACUUCUUUUGGGGGAUUGCGCGCGGUCUUCAAAGCUCUCAAGAGGGUCUUCUGA